GUAGUUUCACUUUUUAGUGCUGCAGCCAGGAAGCAACAGAACACAGAAGACGAGUGGCCACAUGUAGAGCAGACCGGUUUAAUUAAUUCAUCGGGACGUUCAGGCAUUUUAUUGUUCUGUGACCAAAACCCAACAGGAUGCUUCACUUUGUGAUAGUUGCGUUGAUGGUCCUACCUCAUACUUGUGGACAGAAUCCUGCCAUACAAGUCCUCCUGACCAACAAAGGUCUUCAGUACGGAAAACACGUUGGGGCAGAAUGGAUACAAGACAUGUUGGAUCAUGUUACCCUGCCCGACAUCCAGGGCACCUUCAGUACACUGUUUGGCACAGUCUCUUAUACACUGAGCGGCAUCACCAUAACCAAGUGUGACUUUCCAGAACCAAAUGUCGCAUACUCUCAGGAGUACUCAGGAUUCAAGACUAGCAUCACAGGCCUCAGUAUAGCUCUCUCUGGUAACUGGGCAACAAAGUUUGGCAUCCUACAUGAAAGUGGAUCCUUUGACAUGGCUAUAUUUGGUGUGGAUGUGACCUCUGUGGUGAAGCUGGAGAGAAAAGCUGACGGGCACCUGUCUGUCAGCAGUAUCAUCUGUGAUGGCGAGGUUCAAGAUGUGGACAUACGAUUAUAUGGAGGAUUCAGUUGGAUUUUCCAACCCUUUGUGCAUUAUAUAAAAGGCCAUAUCAUUGAGGAAAUUAGAAAAAAUAUCUGCCCUGCUGUGCAGACAUCUAUUGAGGAGUUGGAGACCCACCUACAGGCCAUGAACGUUUCCUUCGAUGUGAAUCAGGUCCUUUCUCUUGAACUUCCCCUCACUGGCUCGCCUGUUGUCAGUCCUUCAAAUCUGACAUUGGGUUUAAAGGGGGAGUUCUACAGUAUCCAGACUCACGCAGAGCCUCCGUUUAAGUCCAAACCUUUCAUGAUGCCCAACAUCCCUGGUUACAUGCUGUCAGCAGGUGUGUCUGAAUUCACACUGAACUCUGCGGCUUAUGGAUACUUCACAGCUGGAAAACUUCAGAUUCUUAUCACUGAGAAAAUGGUUCCGAAAUUUUCCCCCAUACAUCUGAAUACCAGCUCAAUGGGACCCUACAUUCCCCAGCUUCCCAAACUGUUUCCAGGCCUGCCGAUGACCCUGCAGGUUUACGCCACAGAAGCGCCGACCGUUUCCCUUCAAUCUGACGUUGUUAAUCUGACCAUUCAAGCUGCAGUGAAGGCCUCUGCUGUUGAAUCCAAUGGUUCUAGCAUCCCUCUGUUCGGACUCAAUGUUGUUGUUAUGUUAAGUGGUAAAAUGUGGAUUGCUGAUGGAAAAGUGAAGGGCUCUGUAAUGCUGAACAACUUCACACUGACUCUGGCGUCAACCCAAGUGGGACCUUUCAAGACCAACAGUUUGGAAAAUAUGUGUAAAAAGGGGAUUGAGCUGUUUGGUGUACCACAAGUGAACAAAAAACUGGCGGAGGGUGUGAUGUUGCCCAGAAUGAAACACAUCCAGCCUGUAAAUUCAAUCCUGACAGUAGAGAAGGGAUUUAUUUCCAUUUCUUCAGACGCUCAAGUGCUGGACAUGCUGUGAAGCCCUAUCUGUUGUUACAUCAUCAAAGCACAAAGGUUUAAAAUCAAAAAGCAGCCUUUGUUUUGAUUUUUACCUAUAACUUUCAUGUCUGAUCAGCAGUGGAUAUAUGAUUUUCUUAGACUAUUUUUAGAUCCCAAAUCUUUAAAAAAGAAAAUCUCUUAUGCUUCCAGAUUUCGGUCUUUAAAUCUUAAACUUUUUUUAACCGCUAAUCCAAUAAAAAUGAGUAUAAAUUC